AUGUUUAAGCUUAAAUAUUUUAUCCUUUUCUUCUAUCCCUUUGUCCUCCUGGCUCUUGCAGCACCUUUACCUAAAAUAUCAUCGGACAUUCAUAGAUAUUUGAGCUGGUUCUUCACCCGAUAUAAUACCCUUGAGAAACCCAUGGAGCUUCCAAUUACACAAAUUCCCUACCUGGAUGGGCCCACCGUCGAGGAAAUGUCUACAAUUACGCCUAUUGUCAAAUUUAAUGAUAUCUCUCAGUCUAAAGUUUCGACAAAGCGUGUCCAAUUGGAAAAAAAAAAGCCUGCUGUGAUAUUUCAAUUGCCAUCCAAAUUUUCCGGGAGCGAUAACUCGCCCUCUAAUGCUGGAGAAAUCACAUUGGUGGCAGAUGAAUUCAUCUUCUCUGCCUAUAUCCCAAAGCACGUCUCGUCUACUGUUAAUGACAAAUCAACGAAAAACGAUUUUGAUGGUGCAUACCAGACGCAAAUAAAGGGGACCCUGGAUGAUGCUCUCAAUGAAUGUAUUGAAACAACCAGAGGGGGCAAAGAAACAGUUCCAAGGCUUUACAAGAUCGACAUUGUUUGGCCACAAACAGCCGCAAGAGAAAUAAAAUAUGAGAAAGUCUUUGCCAAGCUCAAGAGUGAAAUUAGGAAUCUUCAAUGCCGCGAAGAUAUCAACAGUGACAAGCUCGAAAUUGUGGAAAAAUAUUACAACUCCUCACUCGAUGCCAGCCUUGACAAGAACGCGCACCUUUAUUAUGAAUCCGCCUUAGAGGUCGUACAACCUCCUACAGAAAGGCUUGGGAAAAUUCACCUGAGCAAAACUAGACGCGGGAUAGUGUUUCAUGGAUUUGAAACAACCAUGGAAAGGAGGCCUCCUAUCGGUUCCACCUGA